AUGAAUUCUCGUCAUUUUGCAGACAAUAAUUCCACAACGACGAAAUCACCCAAAGUUGGUUACAAUUCAUUAUGGUUACCGCGUCCAUUCCGAAUCAUUUGCUGUCUCAGUGGAUAUCCGGUACCGGAAAACCCGCGGAUUAUUCGAAAUUGGACUCAUGAAGAAUCGGAUUACGUAACUGAUGAGCGUUACGAUGAACACGGUGUUAAUGUUGGAUCUCGAACGACAGGUGCAACAAAAGAGAGGGUGACUUCUAAGUGUCGCAUAUAUCACGGCAGCUAUCUUCUCUCCGCUUCAACACUCUUCACUUUUGAUGAUUUCACUGGCAUAGGUGUGGUCUGUAAAUGUCCAGAAGUGCCAGCAAAUGAAUACUUGGAUCGAAAUUGCAGACGCCUUAAGCCGUGCCUUAAUAAUGGCCAUCGUCCACUCAAUUCAAAUUCAUAUUGCAUCUGUCCUGAGCCAUAUUUUGGCGCGCGAUGUGAGAAAUAUUGCGAUCAUGGUCAACGAAUGAGAGGCGCAGAUGGUCGUGAUUAUUGCGCGUGCACACCAUUUUAUCAGGAUGAGGAGUGUCGAAAUAUAGUUUGUUUGAAUGGUGGCACUCAGAUGCGACAUCAGUGCUUAUGUCCACCAAAUUUUCUCGGUUAUCAUUGCGAAAUUGAUGCCAAUCAUACAUCGGUUAUGUUGCGAUUUCAUGGUUAUCGUGAACAGAAUGUGUACGAAGACAAUAAUCUUCUUACUCGAGAUGUAUCGAGCACAAUAUUCAGCCUUGUUAUGAUCGCUGUCCUCAUCCUUUCUAUGUAUUUGUUAAUGAAGCAUCGAAUGCAGGUACAAAAUCGGUUUGCUACUGUUCGACGUGAAGCAUUAGCCCGAUCAGGCAUUGAAAUUAAUUCACGUCUUGGCAAUAUACUAGUACCGGAGGAUUCGAGAAUUUUAUCAUUCAGAAUCAAUAGAUCUCCCAAUGAGGGACCUCCUCCUUACAUCAUAAGCCCCUAUCGAGGAAGAUCCCAUCAAACAGACAUUCUGCCACCAUUACCAACCUAUGAAGAUGCUACUAAAUUACCUCCGUUUAUUAGGUCACAAAUGGAAGAAGAAACAAGUAUAGAAAUGGAAGAAGAGGUAAUUCAAAAUGAAAUUGCAUUACCAAGUGAAUUGCAAAUUACUGAAAUAAACAGUAACAAUGAAUCAUCAACAGUACAUUCUUCAUUUGAUCCAUCGGAUUUACCGGAAAUAGUGGCUACCUCAGUAUCCGAGAGGUCAUCCGUACAUGUGCAUAUUUUCACCACUGAUGAAAAUAUGCACAUGUACGGAUGUUCUAUGUUUAGUAAGAAAUUUCCAACAAGAAAGAGUAUAUGA